AUGUCACAGGAGUUCACCUACCAAGAUGUUGCCGAGCACAACACCAAGAAGGACAUUUUCCUCGUCAUCCAUGACAAGGUCUACGACUGCGCAAAGUUCAUCGACGAGCACCCCGGCGGUGAGGAGGUGAUGCUCGACGUUGCCGGCCAAGAUGCCUCGGAGGCUUUCGAAGACGUCGGACACAGCGACGAGGCGAGGGAAACGCUGGACCAGCUGCUCGUCGGCACCCUGAAGCGAAAGCCCGGCGACCCUGCCCCCAAGGCCGCUCCCCAGACCUCUACCUCGGGCGCCAGCAGUUCGGACCAGACGGGCAUCGGCAUCGGCCUCUACGGCAUCCUGCUCAUCGGCGGCAUCCUCGGCUACGCGAUCUUCCAGUACAUGUCCCAUCGUGAAGAGAACCAGCACGCGAAUGCGUGA